CGGUUAUGUCUAAGGCCACAAAGAGACCAGGAGAAGAUGCUCUGCAGGAGGCGGAGCCCAGGAGAAAGAAGGGCCGUAAACACAGGCCGGGCUUUGACGACGAAAUAUUUGCCGAAACUAGCUACGAAAUCAGAAACGGUCUGCGACAUGUGAAGCCGUACUAUUUCUCGUUCACCUCUCACACCAAGGGAAGGUGGGUGGGGUCUUCGGUGUACGAGGUCUUCUGUCGAGAGUUUCAGGCCGAAAAGCCCGAGUACUAUGAGAAGGCAAUAAGAUCGGGGAAAGUGACAGUCAAUGACAAGAGGGCCACCAUGGAGACUGUAUUACAUCAUAAUGACCUCAUGGUGCACAGAGUACAUCGCCACGAGCCACCAGUGUCAGCUGACCCUCUCACAAUCCUCCACCUGGACUCUGACAUCCUGGCCAUCAACAAGCCUCACUCCAUUCCUGUGCACCCUUGUGGGAGAUACAGGCACAAUUCAGUCGUGUUUUUACUGGGGAAAGAGCACAGUCUGAGGAACCUUCACACCAUCCAUAGACUGGACAGACUCACGUCGGGCCUGCUCCUCUUUGCUAGAAACCUGACAACAGCUCAACGAAUGGAGCAGCAGAUCCGAGAGAGACAAGUUUCAAAAGAGUACAUUUGCAAGGUUCACGGAAAAUUUCCAGAUGAACCUGUGUUGUGUACAGAACCGAUUGUGAUAGUGACGCACAAGUUAGGGAUAUGUCGGGUGGACCCGGCUGGCAAAACCUGCUUGACCAGUUUCACCAGACUCUCCUACGACAUACACAAAGACACCAGCAUUCUCAAAUGUGAACCAAAGACUGGACGAAUGCAUCAGAUCAGAGUUCAUCUCCAGUGGCUUGGUCAUCCAAUAGUGAACGAUCCCCUGUACUGUCACCCGGCCUGGGGGCCUCACAGGGGCAGGGAUGGACUGGGGAUCAGAGAUAUGGACCAGGUCAUUAGUGACAUAGUCAAAUCAAACUACAACUCUCAGGAGGCGGCAGUCGAGGCCACUCCCACUGCCACUCCUUAUAAGACGGUGCAUUCGGUUACCCCUGCCCCCGCCAUUGCGAAAGAUGAAGAAAAACUCCCAGAAAAGGGCGAGGAGAGGGAAGAUACCGUUGAAAAAACAGAGUUUGAAGACGGAUUGACUUCUUCAGGCUCUGAUGGCUCCGUCCCGGAUCCAGACUGCACGGAAUGUGGACUGGUGCACCCUGACCCCACCCCCGACCAGCUGAUGAUGUACCUCCAUGCCCUCCGCUACGCAGGUCUGGACUGGGAAUACUGUGCCGACAUGCCAUCAUGGGCAAAGAGUGGAGAUAAAUCACUGACAGACAGUGGAGAAAAUGACCAAAAGCCACUGGAAAAGAGUAACGACAAAUCACUGGAAAAGGUAGCAGAAAAUCAGGCAAAGAGUGGCGAAAAAGAACAGGCAAAGAGUGGCGAAAAAGAACGUGCAAAGAGUGGAGAAAAGGAACAGGCAAAAAGUGGAGAAACUAGCAAAAAAACUAUUAUAUAGUUCUUGAAGACACUAAAGACUUAAGUACGUACCACUACAAUUAUAAUACUCAUCACCCCCUUUUUCAGUGUUCGGUCAUAAAAAUCUGGUUUUUCUUUACAAAAAUUCCAGAGGAAACUGAAGAUAUUAGAAGUGUAUAUAAUAGAAAGAGGGAGAAGGGAGAGAGAGAGAGAGGGAAAGUAUGAGAAGUGCAGCAGUGAAAGAAUGUGAGUUUUGUGGUGCACCGUGAUAUAUACAGCAGAAGUGACGUAAUUCUCAGUCUUCUCUUUUCCGUUUCCUCCGUUUCUGAACCACGUCUGAUGCCUCGAUGCGGUGACUCCGCCCCCUCUCCCAUUUCUCCAUGGCAGCCACCGACCUCUGACCUAUGUGAAAGAGGACUCUCUCGGUCUCGUCCAGUCUCGUCGUGAACAUUGUGACAUCACUACUAAAUGCGUGGUGAGAGGUGUCCAUGAUCCGACGGAAACGAUUCAGAAAAGUUUCGAGUAGAGAUUUUGCCAGGUCGCUUCUCUCCAUGUGGUCGAAGAACAACAGUUUCACUCCCAUGAGAUAGAAAUAGGGUCCCUGUUUGAAGAGAUCCACGACAUUAGCGUCGGCUCUGAGGAUAUCUCUCUGUUGUUGCCUGUACUGCUUCGGAAGGUCGAUCCGGACGAUGUUCCUUCUCCGUCCGCCCAGUGC